AGCAGCAAGCUGGUUCCCCAGCACAGCUAUCUAGACCUUGCGACUUCUUUUGUCCAACCUCGACUCUGACUUCAACUUAGUCUCAUCGCACAUCCUACACGCCCACCAACACCUCUGCCAUCUUGCGCCUUCUUCAUAGCUCAUCUGCAGCUGCAGCAAAGCCGUGUCUUGCCCCAACAGGAUGGCUGCCCGUACGCUCGAGGCUCGCUUUGAGCACCUGACCGUCAACGACGAGAAUGACUCUGGCGAGAGCUCGAGGCUGUACAAGUCAAAGGUCGUGACAACAACAACACAGCUGCCGCAUGGCAACAGCCGCCCGGGCCUGUACAAGGUCGCCCUUCAGACGCAGAACGGCAAUGCCGUAGCCUCUGUCACACUCCCCUCGCAAGCCGCGCAACGAAAGGCACCCCAGCCACCAUCGCCGAUCAGGAAACCGCUGCCAUCGUCUUCGAGAGCGUCCGAGGAGGUAGCUCACGCCGAGCGGGCGUCAAUCACCCUCGUCGAGCAGCCUUCGGUACCGAAGCAAUUCCACCUCGGCAUGUUCGAGAUUGGCCGGCCACUGGGUAAGGGCAAGUUUGGCCGGGUAUACCUGGUCCGCGAGCGGAUGAGUGGCUUUAUUUGCGCUCUCAAAGUCCUCCACAAGAACGAGUUGCAGCAGGGUCGCGUUGAGAAGCAAGUCCGUCGCGAGAUCGAGAUUCAGAGUAAUCUGAGGCACCCCAAUAUCCUUCAGCUGUUCGGCCACUUCCACGACAGCAAGCGCAUCUUCCUGAUCCUGGAGUUCGCCGGCAAGGGCGAACUCUACAAGCACCUUCGUCGCGAGAACCGCUUCCCCGAAUGGAAGGCAUCCCAGUACAUCGCGCAGAUGGCCAGUGCCCUGAAGUAUCUCCACAGGAAGCACGUCAUCCACCGGGAUAUCAAGCCCGAGAACAUUCUCGUCGGUGUCCAUGGCGAGAUCAAGUUAUCCGACUUUGGCUGGAGUGUACACGCGCCCAACAGCAGGCGGCAGACCAUGUGCGGAACGCUGGACUACCUGCCUCCGGAGAUGAUCAAGCCUGGUAGCACCGACAACUACUACAACGAAAAGGUCGACUUGUGGAGUCUGGGCGUUCUGACAUAUGAGUUCUUGGUUGGCGAGGCGCCCUUCGAGGACACUCCUGUCAUGACGCAACGGAGGAUAGCGAAGGCGGAUAUGAGCAUCCCGUCCUUUGUCAGCCCCGAGGCCCGGGAUCUGAUCAAGCGCCUUCUUGUUCUUGACCCUGAGAAGAGAAUACCCCUUGACCAGAUCCAGACACACCCAUGGAUCGUCAAGCACUGCGUCAAGGGCGAGCGUGCGGCGAAUCGUGAGAAAUCGUAGUGAGGAUGCAUAAUGGCUGCCGCUGGCGCGUUCAUGAUGAUGUGCUGCAAGGGAGUGUGGCGUUCCAGCGAGUACGCUUGUGUGGUUUUAUUGCUUUGAUCGUUAUUUCUGUAGCGUAUUGGUGUGAUCGAAGUUCCUCGUGGUAGGAAAACGGCGUUUUGUUCUGGGAGAGGCGUUAUUGGGUAAAUGGCACCAGCACAGGGAGUUUUGCAUAAUGGAAUGACAAUC